CCGUGACGUCACACACGUUAGAAACCCAGUCGACCAAGAUGGCGGAGGUGAGCGGGCUGAGGGGCAGAAAUCACUUCAAGCCCGGACACAAGAGUCCCGUCGCCGACGAAGGCUUGAGUGGCAUGGAAGAUGUCCCAAUUUUUCAGCAUAAGAAGAGGCCUCCUUUAGCCAUGGCCGAAGAUCUGGAGGAUGAUUUCCUUCCCAGGACCAAGGCCCUAAACUUUGGCAAAAAUGCCAGCAUCACCCCCUCACCUGAUGAAGGGAUUCACGAAGAAGAGGCUUGGAUAGAGGAAGCAAAGGCCAAGCCCAUCCAGGUUGUCCUGGCUAACGGGGACGAGCACAGCUUCGAGCUGGACGCUGCAGCGCUGGAGAAAAUCCUGCUGCAAGAGCACGUGAAGGACCUGAACGUGGUGGUGGUGUCUGUGGCUGGGGCUUUCCGCAAGGGCAAGUCCUUCCUACUGGACUUCAUGCUGCGAUACAUGCACAGUCAGAGUGAUUCGUGGAUUGGAGGUGAUGAUGAGCCUCUGACAGGUUUCACGUGGCGAGGAGGCUGUGAGAGGGAGACCACAGGGAUUCAGAUCUGGAGCGAAGUGUUUGUGAUCGACAAGCCAGACGGCAGCAAGGUAGCCGUCCUCCUCGUUGACACUCAGGGGGCGUUCGACAGCCAGUCCACCAUAAAGGACUGUGCCACUGUGUUCGCCCUCAGCACAAUGACCAGCUCCAUGCAGGUGUAUAAUCUCACCCAGAACAUCCAGGAGGAUGAUUUGCAACAUCUGCAGCUUUUCACGGAAUAUGGUCGACUGGCAAUGGAAGAGAUCUACCUGAAACCUUUCCAGUCCCUAAUGUUCCUGAUUCGUGACUGGAGUUAUCCUUAUGAACACGACUACGGUCUGGAAGGAGGCAAUGCCUUCUUGGACAAAAGACUACAGGUUAAAUGCAACCAACAUGAAGAGCUGCAGAACGUGAGGAAGCACAUCCACUCCUGCUUCUCGAACAUCGACUGCUUCCUGCUGCCACAUCCUGGCCUCAAGGUGGCCACCAACCCCUACUUUGACGGCAGGCUGAGAGACAUCGAUGGUGAUUUCAAGAGGGAGCUCACCAAACUGGUUCCUCUCCUCCUGGCCCCCGAGCGACUGGUAGUGAAGGAGAUCGGAGGCAACAAAGUCACCUGCAGAGAUCUCCUGGAGUACUUCAAGGCUUACAUAAAGAUCUACCAAGGGGAGGAGCUGCCUCACCCAAAGUCCAUGCUGCAGGCGACAGCAGAAGCCAAUAACUUGACAGCUGUGGCAGGAGCCAAAGACAUGUACGGCAAGAACAUGGAGCUGGUCUGUGGAGGGGACAAGCCGUACAUCGCCCCAGCCGACCUGGAGCGCAGCCACGAGGAGUUUCGCGAUCACUCUGUGGCCCACUUCCGCUCCGUGAAGAAGAUGGGCGGCGACGAGUUCUGCCAGCGCUACCAGAACCAGCUGGAGUCCGAGCUGAACGAGGCCUACGCCAACUUCUCCAAACACAACGACGGCAAGAACAUCUUCUACGCAGCGCGCACCCCCGCCACGCUGUUUGCAGUCAUGUUCGUCACCUACGUGGUGUCGGGGGUGACGGGCUUCAUUGGCCUGAGCACCUUAGCCGCGCUGUCUAACUUUGUCAUGGGCAUAGCGCUGCUGUCACUCUGCGCCUGGGCCUACGUGAAGUAUUCUGGAGAGUUUCGGGAGCUGGGAGCGAUGAUAGACCUGGUGGCCGAUACGCUCUGGGAACAGGUUUUGAAGCCGCUCAGUGAACAUUAUAUGGAAGACAACGUCAGACAGACGGUGGUUAACUCUCUCAAAGCCAGCUUGACAGAACAAGGCUCGCAGCACACCAAGUUAAAGACUCACUGACACUCUUCCUCCUCCUCCUCUUCCUCAACACAUUUAUCCUCCCUGCCCUCCUCGCUCAACAUCCUAGAACUGUGGAACUAGUUCAACACCAAAGCUUCUCCCCCCCCCACAAACACUCACCAUGUCAUUGUUGACCUGUUUGCCGGCUGUGCUGCUCUUCAUCGCCCCCCUGUGCCUCAGAGCAGAAACUGCACGUUCAUUGGAGGAGCGAGGAGAGGAGCCGGCAACUUCGGCCUCUUGCCAAAACCUGAAGGAAGAUCAUCUCCUCCUGUGUGCCAUGCUGGGAUAGUUGCUGUAACGCACACUGUACACACACACACAAACACACACACUAUUUUGCUGGCUUUGCGAUGGAGCUGUAAUUCAGGGAAGUCUGUCACGUCUGUAAAGCUGUAAUCAACAAAAGAUGCAAACACUUCUCUGUGCGUUUAACAAUUCAGUGACGCAGAACAAAGCGUUCAGAGCUCACGGUGCAGGAAGGUUUCCUACCAGCACGAGUGACCAAUCAGCUGAGGACAUUAACAGGGAGAUGAUGUUUUCUCUUGUUUUUUCGUCACCUCAGUAAAUCCAGAAAAUAUAUUUUAAGAUUUCAAGUCGAUGCAGAUCACAUGUUCUCGUUGUGAACGAGUUCAGUCUUAACAGUUAAAUUUCCAGCCUGAUCUGGUAAAUCGAUUCAGUUUCUCCCGACAUAUUUGAUAUAAACAGGAAAUGAAGUAUUUUAUUUCUCCUCUGACGGACUAAUAACUCACCUGCUUGCCUCUGUUCAUUCAGUUUUUUAACUCCAGGUAAAAUCCAACCUCUGUUCACAUCUGUCUCACUCUGGAUACUCUGACUGUCACACUGAAGACGACUGUAGCAGACUUUUUUUGGCUCUUUAUUUUAGAACUGAUGUGUUUUAUUUGGCCUCUAGUGUCUUGUAGCAGCUCCUCUGCAUGGUGCUGUGUUAUAGCAGAAAAGCUCAGAGCUUUUUAGAGCCCAGCGAUUGGUCAGGUGUCCUCCACUGCCUUUCAUCACAUCCACCUCAGCUCCGACUGCUUCCUCUCGUCCGACCACAUGACGGCUGCAAGUUGGAUUUUUGCCUUUAGGGAGUUUUUAGCUAAAUCGCUGUUACAGGGAAAUUCGGGCAUUGCGAAAAAAUCCAUUUAUUUGCUUUCUUGGGGAAUUGUUUAAUUUGACGAUUCCCAGUGAAAUCUGCUUGAUAAAUAUGAAGCUUCUGCCUGAGGCUGCUUAGCUUUGACCCAAUGUCUUUAUGCUAAGCUAGGCUAGUUGGCUGCUGGCUAUAGCUUUGUAUUUAACUGCUGAACUCGUUUUCUAGAACUUUUCCUUUAAGCUGUCAACAGAUUGUAUCUUCGUAUUUCUUCUUAUCUUUCUUUUCUCUAAAAAUCUGAAUCCAAAUCUUUUUUUCUUUCUCUCAAAUCUAAAUCUUUAAUACUUUUCCAUGGGCGUCCAGACUUGAUGUAAUUUAAUGAGGUGUAGAAAUGUGCUGCCCCCUUUCUAUCUCUUGAAGUUAACACACAAACGGCUGCAUCACAUCUGUCUGAGCUCAUUGAUUCCAUCCACAGUGUUUCAGUCCUGCUCGGUCUCUGUCUGUGUUGACAUACCACAGAGCGGGCUUGUAUGUUGGAUUCAAUAUUUAAAAUAAACUUUGGAUACGUUUUAUAGUGAAUCACUCGACAGUGGCUCUGUUUUUUUUUCUUGAUUUAACAGUUUGUGGUUCGUUAGACGACAAGUGGCUGCUUUAGGUUCUCGUUAGUUUUUUUCCGAGGACGAACGUUCAUCGUGUGAAUAUUUGGAUUCUGACAGGAAACCGUUUAGAUCGUGACGAGUGGGUCGGAGACGACGACUGUCCGACCUUUAAAGAUCUCUGGUAAUUUAUUUUUGAAUGAAAUGUUUUACCUUAAGAAUAAAACAUCAACACAA